CUCUCUCUAUCAAAUCUCCUCUCUGCAACCGACAAAAUGGCAGCACAGCAGGAUAAGUCCUUCAUGGGCAUGCCCGGCUUCGUGGUCGACUUCUUGAUGGGUGGUGUCUCCGCCGCCGUCUCGAAGACCGCCGCCGCCCCCAUCGAGCGUGUCAAGCUCCUCAUCCAGAACCAGGAUGAGAUGCUUAAGACCGGUCGUCUCGACCGCAAGUACGACGGUAUCGUCGAGUGCUUCCGCCGUACUUCCCAGCAGGAGGGUGUCCUCUCGCUGUGGCGCGGUAACACUGCCAACGUCAUCCGUUACUUCCCCACCCAGGCGCUCAACUUCGCGUUCCGUGACACCUACAAGUCCAUGUUCGCUUUCAAGAAGGAGCGUGAUGGUUACGCUAAGUGGAUGGCUGGUAACUUGGCCUCCGGUGGUGCUGCCGGUGCCACUUCGCUCCUCUUCGUCUACUCCCUCGACUACGCCCGUACCCGUCUUGCCAACGACGCCAAGAACGCUAAGAAGGGUGGUGACCGCCAGUUCAACGGUCUCGUCGAUGUCUACAAGAAGACCCUCGCCUCCGACGGUAUUGCCGGUCUCUACCGUGGUUUCAUGCCCUCCGUUCUUGGUAUAGUCGUUUACCGUGGUCUGUACUUCGGUAUGUACGACUCGAUCAAGCCCGUUGUUCUCGUUGGUCCUCUUGAGGGUAACUUCUUGGCCUCCUUCUUGCUCGGCUGGACUGUCACCACUGGUGCCGGUAUCGCUUCCUACCCUCUGGACACCAUCCGUCGUCGUAUGAUGAUGACCUCCGGUGAGGCCGUCAAGUACAAGAACUCCGCCGAUGCCGCCCGCCAGAUCAUCGCCGCCGAGGGUGUUAAGUCGCUCUUCAAGGGUGCUGGUGCCAACAUUCUCCGUGGUGUUGCAGGUGCCGGUGUGCUCUCCAUCUACGACCAGGCCCAGCUCAUCAUGUUCGGCAAGAAGUUCAAGGGUGGAUCCGGUUAAGCGUCUCGUUCACAACAAUCUCCGAUACCCUAAUCGAUCGACGUGGAGGGAUGACUUCAUCCUGGUGUGAGGUUCGCGGUGGUGGAGGAAGGAGCAACACGAUGCCCGUACCCUGGGCAGAAGCUUGUUCCCGGUAACGAAAAGCACGCGUCGGUGGUAAUACACCUUGUACUUUACUUUGCCUGGCACAUCUUUUUCCCUCUCACGGCAUCUUGUAUUACAUGUCAUUUCCCUUUGCUGUAACUUUGCUAUCGCUGGUGCUGGGGAAAAUAGUGCACUUAUAGAAGUUUAUGCUGGUUUCUCAAUUUGGUC